AUGGCGCUGAGCGGAGUCAACCAGAGCCACGUGCAGCCCGUUUGGGCUGAGAUCCUGUCCCAUUCUGCUGACAUCGGCGUCCAUGCUGUGCCCAGGCUGUUCGCGGCCAGCCCCAACAACAACAUCGCAAGCGACAUUCUGAGCGCCCUGCCCGCCCAGAACCUGCUUACAGACCCCAUCAAUCUCAGGCUGCCGAACCAAUACCUCCUGGCGGCAAUGGACGUCAACGGUCCGGGUGUCAGCGUCUCCAUCGACAGCUGCUGCAUCGGCAUUGUGCUGACCUCCAAGUACCGCUAG